UUUGCUUUUUACCAGACUUUCUUUCAUUCACAUUCACAUUUUGUCGUCCUCGUCGUCGUCGGUUUCCCUCUAGUACGACACGCCUUCAAACGGCGAACGAUACCACCUACGACGUGCUCAAUCUUGCAAAAUACCAUAGAGAACAUUCAUUAAUACUCGUGUUUUCGCUUGCCAAACGACAGCGAUGAAGAGCGCAACAAAGAGUGCUACAUCACGAUGUCUGCUACUUCUUGUAGUGGCAUCUUGUUUCCUGCUCUCAGUCGCACAUGCGCCCCACCAGCAGCUUGAACGGCGACAGCAAACUAUAUCUCCGCCCGUGGUCGUCACAACUACAGCCCCAACUACCACGCAAACCACACCCACUCCAACUACCACUCCACAAACGACGUCAACAACCCCAACAACCACCUCGACAACUCCCACAACCACUACGCCCGCCCAAACGACAACUACGCCAACGACGACCACCUCGCAGCAGCAGAACCCUCCUACAACCACCUCGAACACUGCCCCGACUCAAACCACAGCUGCUCCCCUUCCAGUGACUACCUCGGAACAAGUUACCACUAAUUCUGCAGGUCAGGUUAUUACCAGCUUCGUCCAGGUUACAGUUACUUCCAGUAGUGCCACCCCGUCGAGCACACAAUCAUCAUCAUCAUCGAGUAGCUCUAGUGGCCUAGGCACGGGGUCCAUCGUUGGUCUUUCUGUAGCGGGUGGUGUCGCUGUGAUUGGCAUCGUCUCAUUCUUUGUCUGGAAGUUCACUAGGAAACGCUUCGCAGACUUUGAUGACAACGAAGCAAUCAAGUGGCCAGAACUGAACACUCAUGGUGGUUCCGAUGUUCACGCCUUGCCAACCAAAUCUACGGGCCGGUCAGGUUUUGGUGUAGAAAAUGACUCUGAGGUGAACCUCGCACGUGCACCGAGUCCCGGUGGAUAUGCCCAUUCUGUAGCCGCCAACUCCCUUCCAGACACCUACAACGGCUCGCAAGACCCAUAUGCCGUCCCGCCCCUCCCACACCUCAAUCCAAACCAACCCUACCACGACGAGCCCGGGGCUUUCACCCAACCAGGUUACUAUGAUCCCUAUCGAGGCCCCGUGCCUAAUACGUUUGGUGACGGUUUCUCGGACAGCCAUAAUCCAGAGGCCAUCCCGAUGACACGGAUGGCGCGGACAGGCAGUCCGGGCCCGCAGAUGGCAUAUGGUCCGCAGGCGGCCAUGGGGUACGCCCUUGAUGGGCGUUCGGCAAGUCCCGCACUCGGCGCCGGAAGGGCAUCGCCGGGUCCCCAGGCCGGAUAUGGAUAUGGGCCGAGAUGAUUUGUUUUGGGGGGCAAGGCGGAUGAGGUAUGCAAGGACAAAUACGAGAAUAUGACAGUUGCUGGAUAUCUGCUAGAUGUUUUCCGGAAAUAGGGAAAUUUUGUGUGGGUGGAAUUCUAAUACACGGCUGCUGCCGAUUCGACAAUGGACCUACUACGACGACCUAUC